AAUAAUUAAAACGGUUACAUUCACACACAGAACACGGUACUAGACGGUUCAAAAAAUGCAUAGUUUACAAGACAAAGUUGCUAUCGUAACUGGAGGGGCUGGGGGUAUAGGAGCCAGUAUUGUCAAGGAUUUUGUGAAAGAAGGCGCUAAGGUAACAAUUUUGGAUGUCAAUGAGCAGGGAGGCAAGAAUCUGGUACAGGAAUUGUCUAAACUUGGGAAGACAGUUCAAUUUAUCCGUUGUGACGUCAGCAAUGAAGAGCAUCUCCUCAAGGCUUUCGAGAACGUCAUUGCUCGAGAAGGCGGGAUAGACGUUGUAGUGAAUAAUGCAGGCAUUGCUGACGAGUCCUUUGAGGGGUUUAAGAAACAAAUUGCCUUGAACUAUACAGGUGUGAUUUCCUCGACGAUUAGGGUAAUGGAGAUAAUGCGUAAAGACAGAGGAGGCAAAGGUGGAACCAUCAUCAACGUAUCAUCUAUUCUGGGAAUGAAGAGAUAUUGUCCAGGUCUUUACGUUUAUGGUUCGAUUAAAAGUGCCCUCAUACAUUUCGGCAGUUCUAUUGGGAUGAAAGAAUAUUUUACCCGAACCAACGUACGAGUUAUGACGAUGUGCUUUGGUAUUACCAAUACAGGCAUUCUUGAGAAUUCAAAAAGCUUCGAUGAUCAAGUUCGACGCGAGUUUGAACAGAGGUUACAGUAUGCGUUAGCAAGAAACUCUGUACAAAGUGCGGAACAAGCCGCUAAGGGAAUGGUGGAAUGUUACAAGAACGGCGAAAGUGGAAGCACUUGGCUGGUCAACAAAGGUGUUAUUACUGACAUUUCGAAUGACGUGACAAAGGCUUAUGAUAUUCUGAGUGAGAAAAUCAUCAUAUAAACAUACAUGUUGCACUAAACGACGCGAUACGACGUGUAAUUAUUUUUAUAUUCUUCAGGCAGAUCUGAAUAUCAAACUAUGUAUUUAACUUUGCUGUACAUUCGUUUUCCAUAAUUUUCCAAGGGAUUUUCUACUUUUUAUCUUGUAAUUGCUACAUUGUAAUGUUUAAGAAAUAUAUGAUAUUGAUA